UAUAAAUUAAUGCCCAUCCGCCUCCCUCUUCCAUCAUUCUCAAACCACGUCCACGUGAUGAUGGCCACGGCGCCGCCAAGGAUUCCGGUGAGGUUUCACAGGGUGGCUGCGGCCUUUGAUGCUGAAGUGGCACGGGUGAGGCUCUGCGAGAGCAGCGGCAGCGAGCAUUCCCCGGCGGAGACUUCGAAAGAUCUGUUUGAUCUGGUGAACUCCUUCAUGGAGAGCAGCGAUAAGGCACGUGAAAUAACGGAAGAAGAGGAACAGAGUGUUAAUGGCGAGGAAGGAGUGGUUGAAGAAAGAACAGAUUGCUUUGAUUCCGAGAAGAGGGAAAUGCUGCAAGAUCUAUUUGCCUGUGGCGAUGGUGAUGAUAUCGAAAGGGACUUGAUUAGAAGAGAGGUUGAAGCUGCGGUUGCUUGUGGAGUUGUUUCGAAAACUAAUUUUCCUGAAUUCAAACGUAAAUUGAUGUCUCACUUGAGAGAGAAAGGUUUUGAUGCUGGGCUUUGCAAAUCGAAGUGGGAGAAAAAUGGAAGAUUAAUAGCUGGUGGCUAUGAGUACAUUGAUGUGAAUUCCUUAGGAAAGCGAUACAUUGUUGAAGUCUCCCUGGCUUCAGAGUUCGAAAUAGCGCGCCCUACAAUUCAAUAUUCUUCAUUGCUACAAGUUUUCCCACUCAUAUUUGUUGGCAGAGUGGAAGAACUGAAACAAGUUGUGAAGCUUAUGUGCAGUGCCAUAAAGGGAUCCAUGAAAACAAGGGACCUGCAUGUUGCUCCAUGGAGGAGAAACGUGUACAUGGAAGCCAAGUGGUUUAGCUCUUACAAGAGAACAACUAAUGCAGUUUCAACCAAAAAUGCAUCAUCAUCAUCAGAUUCUUUGUUUCUUGAAAGGUUCAUUGGAUUUGAACCUCGGCCUAUUAUAAAAGCGCACAAUUGCAGGGAUUAUCAUGCCGAUAAAACUAGGUUGAGGAUCGGCCAUUUGACAUCCACAUUCGAAUAG